UAAUUUUUUAUAUAACUAAAAAUGUAUCUAAAUAUAUUGUUUUUAAAGGAGUUAAAUUUUUAUAGUAAUAUUAUUACAUGGUCUACAAUUUAAUCUACGCUUUUCAGAAUAUUUGUUUUUCAAAAAGAAAAAAAAACAACAUCCUUGUUUGCUUGUCACCGCAAUUUUUAGGAAAGUACAUUUUUUAAUGUUGUACUGUAGAAUGAUAAGCCAUGCAAUAACAAUUAAAGACAUCUAUCCAUGGCUUCUUGAUUAAUUGUAGAACGAUGCUAAUCGUGGGCACUAUAACAGUGCAGCAAGUUUUUUUGCCAGGCUAUAUUGCUGCCACCUUGAGACACUGCUGGCUGCAUCCUUUAAGAUGUCCGCCUCAGUCAAAGUGAUCACCACCGAAUCUGAAGCUGGGGCCCUGCAGAUGUUUUUGGUGCCAGAUGAGUUCAACUCUGACAGCCCAGAGAAGCCAGCAGAAGAGAAUGAAGCCUGUGACCUAAAUGAGCAUCAUUACAGGCAGGAUAAUCAUACACACUCUGAGGCGAAAGACGGGAAUGGGCUGCUUCAGAAUGAGAUCACUCCAGAAAAUGAGUCUUUGAAAACUGAGGCUCGAGGUACAUUUGAUAAACCCAGCAGGCGAAGCUUGCGUCUCAAAGCAGGUAAAAAACCGCUUAACUACAGUAUAAAAUCAGAGGUGAAUGAUAUCCUCGACAUUGAGGCACACCUGUCAGCCUUGGUGCCAGCCAAAAAAUCUACACCUACUAAGAAAGUGAAUCCAGAUAACAAGCCAUUUUCCUGUUAUUUAUGUGGCUUGAAGUGCAAGACGGCAGCUAAUCUUAAACAGCAUGAGCAGACUCACACAGAUGUGGAUAGACCUUUCAUCUGUGGACAUUGCAACUAUGCCUGCAAACGAAAAUCUGAUUUGAAGAAACACGAAGAAACCCAUGGACCAAGCAAUGCCUUUAAAUGUCUUGAGUGUGAUUACUCUGGGAAAAGAUUGAAGUAUCUUAAAAAGCACAUGAGGAUACACAACAGGGACUCAUCAUUUUCUUGCCACAUUUGUCAGUAUCGGUGUCUCAGUAAAUCAACAUUUGAUAAGCACUUGGCAAACCACUCAAGUGAUGACAUUCUCAGCCUGACCGAGUUGAAGCCCUUCACCUGUGAGCACUGUAGCGAGGGAUUUGAAAACAAGUGGGCCUUAAAUAAACAUUUAGAAACUCAUUCGGGCAACACCCCUUAUUUCUGCGUGGUCUGCGGUGCUGCUUUCAAGAGUAAGGAGUACUUGAGGAAGCAUGAAAACCAGCACAAACCUGGUAAGACCUCGGUAGUUAAAUCAGAACCUGAUGAUGGCAUGAUAGUUGAGAUUAAGGUUGAGCAAAAUGAAAACAGUAAUAGCUCUGAUGCGACAAUAAUUCUGGAGAACAAUUUAAACCACACUGUAGAGAAGCUCAAAAAAGAUACAAAAUUGAUCAUACCUAGGAUGAAAGGAGGACCGAUCCAGUGCCCUAUGUGUAUUUAUUCUUGCUCUACAAAAAAUUUGCUGAGGCGACACAUGCGAAGGCAUUCUGAUGUGAAACCUUAUAUUUGUACCCAGUGCGGUGCUGCUUUCAAGCGGAAAGACCAUCUCAAGGUUCAUAAAAAUACGCACAAUAAUGCCAGACCCCACACAUGUCCUCACUGCAGCUACGGCACUCAUCGCAAAUACCGCCUGAAGCUGCACAUACUGACACAUCAAACAGUGAAGCCGAUCACUUGCCCUUCGUGUGACUACAGGUGCCGCCGCUACUGUGAGCUCAGCUACCACAUGAGGAACAAGCACAAAGUGGAAGUUGAGGGCGAUUCGGAUGUUGAUCAGAAAGUUGACAGCUCUGCUGAUGUGGAGCUCAAAUGUGACAAGUGUGACUACACCUGUGAUUCUGUCAAGCGGCUCAAAUAUCACAUGGCCAGACACGAAAACAAAACGCCACAUUCUUGCCCCCACUGUGAUUAUAAGUGCAGCUCUCGUUCCAGCCUCUCGGAUCACCUUCUACGGCAUGCUGGGAUCAAGCCUUGCCUCUGCUCAGUAUGUGGAGCCGCCUUCCGUAACACUUCCCGUUUGAAUCGCCAUAAGUUGGUUCACUCUGACAUAAAACCGUAUGGCUGUCACUUUUGUGACUUCUCCUCCCGGUCAAAGUAUAAUCUGAAGCAGCACAUGCUGAGGCACACAGACCAAGAGAGAACACGCAGGAGACGCAAGCCUAAGACGCAGAUUCCUUAUAUCAGUCCCAUGGACACGACAACUGAGAUAAUCAAAGAGUCUUUUCAGUCAGACCUCCAGCCCCUCAUCAACCAGCUAACUUCCUCGGCCUACUUGGAAACUAUUUCCUCAAAAGAUCUAAACCCAGUCUUUCCAGACCAGCAGGAUCCAAUAAAACUAACAGAGCAUCAGCUGAGCCUAGCUAAUCAAUUGUUUAACAGAAGCAUUAGUGACCUAACCAUGCUGAGGGAUCAGGGCAGCAACUCCAGCUUCAGUUUUCCCGGUGGCUCAGCCAUGGGUCAAACGUCAGCCUAUCAGGAUGCAUACCAGCAAGUGAACAGUUUGUUAAGUCAAAAUAAUACCAUGGCCUACAGUCCUGGCAUAGCCAAGAAUCAUCCAAAUUUCAAUUACUUGGACAGAAAUGGUGGGUAUGCCUUUUCUACUCCUUAUAUUUACAAUGAGACUGUAUUUCCUGGCAGCAUGGGUGCCAACAUGAAUUUUUACAUGAAUCCUGGCACAAGCUCACCUUUAAACUCUGACACAGUUAGUCAGAGCGCGGCUCAGAAUAGCGUCCCACUUAAUCAUUCUUCUGGCAGCGGGCUUGAUGAGCACCCGGUACUUUCACCAUCUGCAGCAGAAUUAGCAUCCAAUGUCAAUCAUAAACAUGAAAAUGAGAGCUCUCACAUGGGCAAUGAUGAUAUGGUUUUAAGUGAUGACAUUUCGGUUGACAUUCCAAGCAACAGUAAUGACAUGUCUGAGGAGGGGGAGUUUUUCCAUAGGGCUAGUAGGAAAUAUGGAAAUAGUGACAAUUCAUCAAAACCUGCACACAUCUGCUUUGAGUGUGGGUACAUUGCUGUUACUAAAACAAUGCUUCAGCGCCACAAGCUGACUCACACGGAUGUUAAGCCAUUCAAGUGUGAGCAGUGUGAAAAGGCAUUCAAGCGACGGGAUCACAUGAAAGCUCACAUGCGAACACAUAACUCGGACAAGCUUUUCAGCUGUAACAUUUGCUCGUUCACCAGCAACAGGAAGUACAGGCUGACUAUUCACGAGAAGACACACACCCUUGAAAGUGUUUUCUCCUGUUCGGUGUGUGAGACCACGUACCCCACGGAUGAAGAUCUGAAAGAGCAUUUGAAAACACACGAGGAUGGGAAGGUGUUGGAGUGCGACAAAUGUGACUUCAAGUGUGCAGACAGCGAAGAAUUCAGAAGUCACAGUGACGGGCAUAAGUCGUUCCUCUGUGAUAAGUGCAGUUAUGUCUGCCGUUCCAGCAGAGAGUUUGCCAGCCACAAGAAAAUGCAUGAAGAUAGAGAGGAGUUGACCUGUUCCAUCUGCAAUUACACGUGUGAUUCCCAAAAGAGACUGCGGUACCACAUGGAGCGACAUGAUAACAAGACUCCCCUGGCCUGCACGCAGUGCGAUUACAAGUGCAGCUCCCGGUCCAGCCUGAGCGACCAUAUACUUCGGCACGAGGGUGUCAAGCCAUUCCUUUGCUCAGACUGUGGGAUGAGCUUCAGGAAUGUUUCACGCCUGAAUCGACACAAGCUUACCCACACUGACAUUAAGCCUCAUUCCUGUGAUUAUUGCUCCUUCUCAUCGAGAUCAAGAUACAAUCUUAAGCAGCAUAUGUCAAAACAUUUCAAGUGACACUGUCAAGAACUUUGGACAAGUCAACUGACUUGCCAGGUACUGUCCAACUUAAGUUAUACCAUAGCCUUUGAUUUAAAACACUGUCGACCUUAUAGUUAGUAUUACAAAUAUUUUGAUAUGACUGCAUCGAGUAAUCCUUGCCUGUAAUUUCACCUUCAAGAUGUGUAUAUAUUGUCAUGAAGUCAUUUCCCAUCUCCCAUUAAUUAGCUUUACAUUAUUUAGUCAAAAUUAUUUCAUAUACAUAUGAGUGUAUAUUUAAUUACAAUAUUAUUGUUUUAUUUAUAAAGUAUUCACAUUUAUGUAUAGAUAUAUACAUAUAUAUAUAUAUAUAUGAGAUAUAACAUUUUGUGAUCAUUUAAUGGCUAUGUAGUGGACAUCAGAUUCAUAAUUGUAUUUUCAAAGUGGUGCCCUGAGAGAUUAUAUGCAUUCUUUUCUCAUACUGCAAAAAGUUUAUUUCUAAAAAUUAUUUGUUCCUUGUGAACAAAUAUAUGUAUGUUUUGUAUUUUUUUGUUUGUUUUAUUUUGUUUGAAUUUUCUAAUUAUUUUUUUUUACCGACUAUUUAAAUAGUGUAUUUCUGAACUAUGCAUCAUGACUUCUCAGUAUCAACUGCAGCAUUCUAUCGUUUGUGAAUCAAUCUGCACAUUUUGUAGUUGUACAUUGCUUAGAGAAAGUCAUUACAGAGUCAGGGCUAACAGGUUGUCUCAUUUCUGUUUUAAAAAUUAAACAUUCUGGCAAUAAAUGAGUUAUAUGAGAGAUCCACAUCAUUGAAUAUAUUGUGGGCCAUACUUUAGAUCAGUGGUUCCCAAACCUUUUUCCUUAAUGGGACACUUACCCACAUUCUGAGUAUUUAGCGGAACACUUUGUUUUUUUUUUUUUAGAGAGAUUCACUUGGUGGCAUGCUAGUGAAUUAUUCCAGUAGUUUGUAUUCAGGCUGUGGAACACAGUUUGGGAAACACUUGUAGACAAAAUCCCACUUGGCUCAUAUUUUUUUUUUUACAGGAUAGAAAUAGUUUGCCCUUGUUGUAUUGUUAAGUUCUAGACUCUCUUGUUAUAUUCAUUAGUGUUAUAUUCAUACUACAUAUAAAAUUGUUUCUUAAAAUUUUUUUUUUUUUUAAAGUAUGGCAUGUUAAAUCAAUUUCAUACAAUUUUUUUUUUGCUUGUAACUUUUUAUAUAAGAAACAGAUUCUUCUUCUCCUCUGUAGUUAAGCAAAAUUCUUGAGUAGGAAAUGAAUUAGUUCUGCUAGAGUGUGAAUCAAGUUCAACUAUAAUCUGGUUGGCCUAAUGCGAUAUUCAUUGACUGAAUUGAACGUCCCAAGUUCUGGGCACUUCUUGCUGACCGUACAAAUGUAAACUUUUUUUUUUUUGUUCUAAUUACUUCUGUAUAAAACAAACCAUAGCAUGUUCAGUGCGGCUAAUAGUCCAAUGUCGUAUGUGGACCUGUGGGGGGUAUCUAGGAGAAGGUUUCUGUGCUGCCUUUAGGUGCUCAGCAAACGCAGCUCUGCUCAAUUCAGAUUUCAAACUCAAGACCCACAUGAUUGGUAGCCAAGCGGUUAAUGUCACUCAGCCGCUCAUCCCGCACUUUGAAGGAUAUAGCCUUAGAAGUGCUAGCAGACCCUAAUUAAAUAUGUUCAAAGUAAAAACACCUUCACUUGGGCUUCAUUAUUUGGUACUGGGUACAUGUGUUUACCUGUUCACUUGUUCUGAUUGUUUUAUAUAUUUUUUAUUUUAUUUUUCUUGCUUGUAAAUCACUAUUUGGCAAUUUCUUAUUGCUCAAGAUGUAAAUGACAUCAUUUGUAAACACAGCAGCGCUGCUUCAAGGCCAUUUCAAUUAUUUAUAUAUAAAUUCUUUUGUCACUAAGAGUUGGCAAGACUGGCAAGUCUUGUUUUUAAGAUGACUUUUUGUGUGUAUGUUGAACACCUGGGUGCAAAUGAAAAAGGAUGUACAUACAAACAAACCUUGUUUUAUCUUUCAUAAUAUAAUAACUAAACAUACAUAGAAUCUAUAUUAAUAUUUUAUCUAUAGAUGUAGAGUUUCCAAUUUUGUAUCGCUAGUCUUCUAAAACAAAAAUAAGUUGCCUCAUGUACAUCGUAUAAUGAUUCUACUGUACAUCUCUAUUGAAAGUUUGAAGAUCUGAAGUAUUGCUGAUUUAAGUAUUUUAAAACAUUCAAAAAGGCCAUACAUAAAAUUAUUUUUCCAUUUCAGUUUGAAACAGGACUAACCAUGAAUGCAGGACAUUCUCUCCUCCCCCCCCCCCCUCCCCUCACCACCACCAUUUCAAUUCGAAACAUGCAUACAUUUUCCAUUCUAGCUGUUUCUGCAAGUUAAAGAAUCACUAACUCGUAGUGUAGUUUUGAUUAGGUUAUAAAGUUAUCAAAACUUUGAUAAGCUUCUACAAUACAAAACCAAUUAAUUAAUUUUUUUUUUACAGUUUUUAAAAAGUCUUAUUUAAAAGUUGUGUAAGGGUUGACUGGUCCAAAUAGUUUAGCAGAAAUAACAUUGUCGUGAGGUGCAUGUCUGUAGAUAGAGGAUUAUAUAUAUUUAUUGUAUCCAUUUGUACUCCCUUAACUCAAAUUUUCUUCCUGUAACUUCCUGCUUGACGCAGUUGAUUGUGGUGUACUGCGUGAGGUAGAGCACUACUGGUGAUAACUCUGUUGUACAGUACAGUGAUGAUAAGCUGAUAAUUGUUGUACAGUGCAGUGAUAAUUCUUUUGUCUAGUUCAGUGAUAAUUGGUUGAUAACUCUUGUUUUGUUGUACAAUGAUGAUAGGCUGUUGACUCUUUUGUGUGUAGCACGUUGAAGAUAGGCUGAUAAAAUAAAUACCUCUGUUGCUUAGCUCAUUGAGGGUAGGCUGAUAAAAUAAAUACCUCUGUUGGUUUAGCACAUUGAGGGUAGGCUGAUAAAAUUAAUACCUCUGUUGUUUAGCACAUUGAGGGUAGGCUGAUAAAAUAAAUACCUCUGUUGUUUAGCUCAUUGAGGGUAGGCUGAUAAAAUAAAUACCUCUGUUGUUUAGCACAUUGAGGGUAGGCUGAUAAAAUAAAUACCUCUGUUGUUUAGCACAUUGAGGGUAGGCUGAUAAAAUAAAUACCUCUGUUGUUUAGCACAUUGAGGGUAGGCUGAUAAAAUAAAUACCUCUGUUGUUUAGCACAUUGAGGGUAGGCUGAUAAAAUAAAUACCUCUACAGCAUAAAAUAGGGAUGAUGGGCUUUGAACUGUCAGCAUUGAAGAACUGGUCUUGUAUGUCGAUUAUAUUCUUGACUAUUUUCUUACUUGUAUCAAAGCAAACUGUCAAAGUAUAAAUAUUUCAAAACAUUGUCAUGAUUUGAUUUACAAAAUCUUAUUGUGAUUUUUUAAAUUAUUUUUUAUUUUAAAAUAUUUCUAAGACCUUUUUUUUUUUAUUUGUGCAUGAAUUGAGACAUUUAUUCAAGUCUUCCACAAUGAAGAGUUUUUAUUUUUUUAUCUCUACGUUGUGACAACAGCUUUUUUUUUCCCCCAUUCUGAAAAUCCUUCCCUUUUGAACUGAUUUUUUUUUUCUUUUUAUCAGUACCAAUAGUUUGUUCUGUGACCCAACACUGGCCUAUUAUAGACAAGUUUUUGUUGACUCUGUGUAGAGACUAAACUGUAGGAUACAGUAUUUCUGUACAUUGAGUGGUCUGUUAUGGUCAUUAAAUUUCCAGUGAGUUUUGGUGGGACAUUUCUAUUGAGCUUUCAGUACGGUAUCAGUUUCAAGCCAUGAUACUACAGUGUGCUGAUGGAGACUACAUAGAUCAAGUUUAUAAACAUUUCUAGUUGUUGAACUAAACAAAUCCCUAUCUCAUAGGCCUUGUGAAACUCUGUAAGGUUUCCAGCCUGAACCAGACAUGAGAAAAUAUGCAGCUUGCAGCUGGGUUUGCGUUAAACACCAAUCUCGUUCUUAAUCUUUGGAAUUGAAGACAUUGUCAUAUCUUAAAUUCAAAUUGGACUUGUUGACUGCUAUAACAGUAUUUAUUUAUAAGGAUUAAAAGUGUGGUCAGUACUUGUGAUAAACACGCCACAGAAAAUGUCAACUAUUUAAAACAUAUACUCAAUUAGAGAAAAACAACAAAUGUCUAUCUCUUUUAACAUGAGGUUAUUUUCAGAAUAAGAUUUGUCAGUUAAGAUCACCAUACUGAUGUGUUGUAAAAGACUUGUAAUUGAAAUUGUGCUUCAUAUGAAUUUACGUUGAAGUUUUACUUAAGGAAUGGCGUAAUGUACCUUGAUGGCGUUCAAAUGUGCUAUAAAAUAUAUUUUCUAUGUUACUAUACAUAUUCCUUCUGAUAUAGUGUGUUUGCUGAAUAAUGAUUAUUUCUGAGAAUGUUGUUAUGAUCACAGUUGGACACUGUGAUCUAGUUUUAAAAAUCUGCUAUGAAAUAGAAACACUUUGAAAUAUCAAUUAGAAUGGAUGCAAGUGUGUAUUUGUUUCUGUGGGGACAUUUAAUGUGACAGACUUGUGUUUCAUUUGUUUGAAUAAUUGUCAAAACUAGCUGGGAUGAAUGAUUAGCUGAUGCAACUUAUGAUUUCUGACAGUCGCACCUGUUGGCAGCGGACAAGUGACACCGACAUUUAAGUGUUACACACCAUUGACUGGUUCUAUUGGUAGUUCAGGCAAUUUUCUUUCUAGGUGAAAAUAACGUACAGACACAUCAAUGGUCUAAUCGAGUGAUUACUAAAGUGUCGAUAGGAUUCAGCUUCUGUCAUGAAACUAAACAUGUAUGACUGCGUUUCAUUUCACUUGAUAUGGAAUUCCACUUUGAAUUUAUUUCUCAUUGCUUCCACUUUCCUCUGGUGAUGGUCUUUGUUCAUUUCGAAGUGUGUGGUGUGUCACUUUAUUUCUACCAUUGUUGGGGCUGAUGUAAAAACAAAAACAAAAAAAGUUUUUAUUAUCUUCAUUAAUUUAAUAAUUAAAAUAAAUUUCUUCAGUUUUGCUUGUCUUGUAUUUUAUUUUGUGUCAGCCAUUAAAUCUAUACACAUGCAGGUUUUACAAGGAAACAUAAGUAGUUUUUGUAAUCCGUCGAGCCUUGUAUAUGUUUUUUUUUUGUUUUUUUAAGGAAAUAAUCUAUAUAUGGAGUACAAAUACUGUCAAAAAGUUUCAUCUUGUGAUGAAAAUCUCUGUGUUGUCAGAAACCAGCUGUGAAGAUUGUUUUAGUUGUUGUUUGACAAUAUUUUGUUUGUGAUUUUAAAGUGAGCGCUGUGCAAGGAACUGACACUAGACUUUAGCAUGGAACCUAUUUUUAUUUCAAGCUUCUUUGAGUGUAGUAGUGAAAGCUUGUUUUAUUACUCAGUACAAGUUUUAUUAUUAAUCAUUAUCUGCUCCUCUCCAGGAGUCCGUUGUUGUUUUUUUUUUUCUCUUCAAAUUCAUCUUUUAUACACUUUUUUUUUUUUUUUUGUUCUGCCAUCUUCAUAAUUUAUUUGUUGUGAUUCUGUCCUGACCAUUUGCUGUACCAGAAGUUUUCACCAGACGGCGACAAAACAAAUUGUAUCGUACAUAUUGUACCCAGUGUGUGAUGAGAAAUUUUGGUACCAGUUUUUAUGGUGACCUUGGACUUCAGCUCAGAUUGGUUCUUUGUGUGAUAUGGUCAUUAUUUUUAAGUUGUAUUUAUUUUUUGUUUUUCCUUUUUAUAAAAAUGUAUGACAUUAGCUCAUAUUAUAAAAUUAUUACAUUUAUGUAUUUGGAAUAAAUAAAAUAUAAAAUAUC